UUAUUUUAUAGAAAACUGGUAUUUGGCGUGAAAGUUUUUGUUCAUCUAUGGUGGAUACCGAGGAAGAUCGGAAAUCACUUCAUGAAGCAAGGAAUUAAAGGACCUAAGUAUCAGCUUUUUCUAGGCAAUUUAAAAGAACUUGCCAGCUUAAAUUUGAAGGCUUCAGCUCAACCGAUGCUUCUACCCCACAACAUACUCCCUAGAGUUCUCUCCUUCUAUCAUCACUGGAAGAAGAUUUAUGGCGGGACGUUUUUAGUAUGGUUUGGACCAACGCCUCGUCUCACCAUAUCUGAUCCAUCACUCAUUCGGGAAAUUUUCGUCUUGAAAUCGGAUUAUUUCGAGAAAAAUGAGUCUCCUCUACUUGUGAGAAAACUUGAAGGUGAUGGUUUGUUAAGUCUCAAAGGAGAAAAAUGGGCUCACCACAGAAAGAUUAUUCAACCAACUUUCCACACAGAAAAUCUCAAGUUAAUGAUGCCGAUGAUGGCAAAAAGCAUAGAAGAGGCAGUCGAGAGGUGGUCGGGCGAGAUAUCGAAUGCCGGAAAAGUAGAAGUUGAAGUAUCAGAAUGGUUUCAGAACUUGGUUGAAGAUGCCAUUACAAGAACAACUUUUGGAAGCAGCUAUAAAGAUGGAAGGGCAAUUUUUGAUUUGCAAUCACAACAAAUGGUCCACGCCACUGAGGCCUAUCAGAAAGUUUUCAUCCCUGGAUACAGGUAUGUAACAUUAAUGAUGCCGAUGAUGGCAAAAAGCAUAGAAGAGGCAGUCGAGAGGUGGUCGGACGAGAUAUCGAAUGCCGGAAAGGUAGAAGUUGAAGUAUCUGAAUGGUUUCAGAACUUGGUUGAAGAUGCCAUUACAAGAACAACUUUUGGAAGCAGCUAUAAAGAUGGAAGGGCAAUUUUUGAUUUGCAAUCACAACAAAUGGUCCACGCCACUGAGGCCUAUCAGAAAGUUUUCAUCCCUGGAUACAGGUAUGUAACAUUGGGAAUGAUUCUGAAUGAAUCUCUAAGAUUGUACCCACCAGCAGUGGCAAUAAUCAGACGAGCCAAGAUCGAUGUACAAUUAGGCGGGCUCCACAUCCCGUCCGGGACCGAGCUUCUUAUACCGAUUCUAGCUGUUCAUCACGACCCGACGUUGUGGUGCCACGAUGUACAUGAAUUCAACCCCGCUAGAUUUGCCAAUGGUGUAGUCCAUGCAGCCAAACAUCCCUUGGCAUUCAUGCCCUUCGGCCUCGGAGCUCGCCGCUGCAUCGGACAAAAUUUGGCCAUUUUGCAAGCCAAAUUGGGCAUUGCCAUGUUACUGCAGCGCUUCUCAUUUGAGCUUGCACCACAUUAUAAACAUGCCCCUAGUGUUCUAAUGUUGUUGCAUCCACAAGAAGGUGCACCAAUUAUAUUCCGAAAAUUGUUCCUGCAUAACUUCGUCUUCUUCUUUGGGUGCCUUGCCAAUUUGAGCCUUAAAGCGUACCACCGUGAUUUCGAGCAACUGCACCCCACUCCUAGUGGUAAUGGCUUGCACAUUCUCCCUUGGAUUUGUUUUGGUGUUUCUAAGCAACAUCCCUUGUUGUCUUUCGAAAAGAAACUCGGCAAUUUGACCCACUUGACAUUCCAAAUUUUUCAAAGAGGCAUCAUUGCGUUCCUGAUAUUGCAAUUGAUGUUGGGAAUGAUUCUGAAUGAAUCUCUAAGAUUGUACCCACCAGCAGUGGCAAUUAUCAGACGAGCCAAGAUCGAUGUACAAUUAGGCGGGCUCCACAUCCCGUCCGGGACCGAGCUUCUUAUACCGAUUCUAGCUGUUCAUCACGACCCGACGUUGUGGUGCCACGAUGUACAUGAAUUUAACCCCGCUAGAUUUGCCAAUGGUGUAGUCCAUGCAGCCAAACAUCCCUUGGCAUUCAUGCCCUUCGGCCUCGGAGCUCGCCGCUGCAUCGGACAAAAUUUGGCCAUUUUGCAAGCCAAAUUGGGCAUUGCCAUGUUACUGCAGCGCUUCUCUUUUGAGCUUGCACCACAUUAUAAACAUGCCCCUAGUGUUCUAAUGUUGUUGCAUCCACAAGAUGGUGCACCAAUUAUAUUCCGAAAAUUGUAGGACUAUGAGGAAUAUAUUAAAACUUUAGGACCACAUGUUGUCAUAUCUUAGGACAAUACUACUAGUUUUCUAACUAACACCUCCACCAAUGCCCAAGUCAAAAUAGAAUUUUUCUCGAGAUGAAAUUUGUUCUGUCGCAGUUUGUUUUCUCUACGUUAGAGUUUUUGCCAUAGUUUAACCUAUUUUAAGUUGUUCUAACAGGACCGGUGGACCGCCUCUUCAAGUUGGCUUGGCUUAAGUCUCUUUGUAAUUAGUCAAGUGUUAAAAGAAAUUUCUCCUCCUUGUC